AUGUCUACAUCGCUGAUACGGAAUAAAAUUCUUGUACUAGGACGUCGAAAUGUAGGGAAAUUAUCAAUCAUUAAACAAAUUCUGUCAAGUUCAAACCAAAGGAUUGAUGAAAUAAUUCUCGAUCAAAACAAUGAAAAUGGCGAAACCUCAGAUAACGCAAAUCAUGCCGGAAUGAAGAUACCAUGGAAAAUAAUAACAAAGUAUUACACAGCGAAUGUUGAGUUUUGGGUUGAUGAAACAGUUCACAAAAGUCAAUUGGAUUCAGAGGUAAUAGAUGGAUACGAAAAUGAGGAAAAUGGCAUUGGAAAAGUCGUAGAUGCAAUAUUAUUUAUAUUUAAGAAAAACGAGCCGUCAACGUUUGAUGACAUCCAAGCCUACUUACCAUUUAUACAAAAAUACGAACCAUCCAUCACUCUUGCGGUAGGCACUGGAAGAAAUAUUCAACAUGAUACAAUCGAUGCAGAGAACGAUCCAUUUGAGGAUUGGUGUAUAGAAAAUGGGUUUGAAUACGUAGAUUUGGACAUGAAGAAAAGAGAUGAUGAAAUCGCAGAACGUGUUGGAAUAGAGCGAAUUUUGGAAGCGUUGCAAUCUCACAUGUGGGAAGAUAUGACCCGCUUAUCAAAAACCAAUAAGACUAGUGAUCAUAUAGAAGAUACCAAUAACAAAGAACUUUCCGAAGCAAUUUCCCAAUUAAAUCAUAAAGAAAAUAACUCUCAUCUGGAAUCUGCACCUGAAUUUGAUGAUCAUAAUUCGGCACCUUUUGAUGACAAUGAUACAGAAUUCUUUGGCGAUGCGCUGCCCUCUCAGCAAGAAAUAGAAUCUAUGCAUCAACACAUCUUUGGAGAUUUUGAUGACGAAGAUGGGUUUGACAAAGUUCUUGCUCGAUUAAAUAGUUUGCGAGAACGCGGUAAAACCCUUUCAGAUGAUGAGAGAAGAAAAUUAGCAGCAAGAGUUGCAUGUUCCUUCAACUUGCAUAUGAACAAUGAAUAA